CGAAAUCCCACGCUAAAUUGACUCUCUGUGAUUGCACAUUAACAUGGCCAAGCUUGCAUCUUUCUUCUUAGUAUUCAUUGUUGUAAUCUCAGUUGGAGCUUCCACUGUGAAUGGACAGCAUAGAUGUACAGAGAAAGAGCUUUUAAGCUAUAGAGUAGAAGGCCAAUAUCCUACAUUUUGUAUCAGAGCAACCAGCGAUUCUAGACAGUUUAGUUUCAACAGGGAUGGUUCUCAGCAGAACAGGUGGAUCCUGUCAAAGAUGAAGUUGCCUCGGUUGUGGUUUGAAGUUGGUGAUCUUCAAAGAGAAGGUUCAAUAGGUAGCGGUUAUGGUGUCCUUCGGUGA